GUGAAGAGAAGCUGCUGGACGGACGAACAAGAAGACCUGACUGGACUUGGACUGGGCCUGACUUGGCCGAAGUUUGGAUGAGGAUACCCAGCGUCACCACCAACUCUCAAUUACACUCCAGAUCCCCUACAGAACACAGAUACACCAACUCAUCUUUUUUCUGUGCCCCCCCCUGAGACAUCUGCGACCACUGCGACCACCUACAGAGCACCGACGCCGUCCCAAGAGACCCGCCAACGCCGCAAGCAACUCGAACCCGACGAUCCCGCGCGACCUCGGCUCCGAUCUCUUUUCGACGGGACCCUCAUCUGACCCGUUCCCUGGACCUGCUCCCGGACUGGCGAUGCGCUACGUCCUUGGCCACAGCCCAAGAUCCUGAGGAGGGAGCAGCGAGCUGACGGGUGCCGGCACAGCCACAUUGCUCGAGUGCCGUCACCACAUUCCUUUUUCUGACUGCCGCAAAGUCAUCAUUUGCAACUUGCAAGACAGCCACCACCAACAACACCAACAAGAAGCAUCAUCACCUCCGCGGGCCACUCACGCUGCGUCCCCCAUUCAACGCACCCACUUCAUCCACCGCAUCCACCGUACCCACCAGCAUCAACACCCUCACUGCGAUCGUCACCACCCACAGCAGAACCCCACCACCACAACCACCACCAACCCUACUACGGAUCCUACGUACACCUACCACAGUAGACCUCUACCCUCCGCCAUCCACCUGAUCGCAAAGCCUGCAUAGACAUAGUGCGAGGCAGGCGCACUAAUACCAGCAACAAUGAGCUUUCGGGGGUUCUCAAAGAGCAUCACGCGGGCACCGCAAACGUUCAAGCACAAGUUCAACAUUGGAGAACAUACCAAGGAUGCCGUCUACAUCGACUCGGAACGACGCUUCCAGGAGUUGGAGACCGAGACCAAGAAGCUCCACGAUGAGAGUAAAAAGUACUUCGAGGCCAUCAACACCAUGCUGAGCCACCAGAUCGAGUUUUCCAAAGCAAUAGCCGAGAUCUACAAGCCCAUCAGCGGCAGGAUGUCCGACCCAGACUCGCUGGUCGUCCACGCGAAUCCCGAGGGCAUCCAGGCAUGCGAAGAGUACGAGGCCGUCGUCAAGGACCUGCAGGAAACCCUGGCGCCCGAGUUGGAGAUGAUAGAGAGCAGGGUCAUCCGACCCGCCAACGAGCUGACAGACGUCAUCAAGAUCAUCCGCAAGCAGAUCGUAAAGCGAGAGCACAAGAAGCUGGACUACGACAGACACCGGGCGACCCUCAAGAAGCUGCAGGACAAGAAGGACAAGUCGAUCAAGGACGAGAAGGCAAUGUGGAAGGCCGAGAACGACGUGGAGGCGGCCACCCAGGAGUACAACUACUUCAACGACCUCCUAAAGGACGAGCUGCCAAAGUUGUUCAUGCUGGAGGCCGAGUUUAUCAAGCCCCUGUUCCAGAGCUUCUACUACAUGCAGUUGAACAUUUUCUACACGCUCCACGAGCGAAUGCAGCGCUGCGACAUUGGGUACUUCGACCUGACCCUUGACAUCGAGGAGGCCUUCAACCAGAAGCGGGGCGACAUCCAAGAGCAGGCCGAGAAGCUGUCCAUAGUCAAGUUCAAGUCGACAGGGCAGAGGAGACCGCCCAAGUACCAGCCGAAGCCAACAGCGCUCCUCGAAGGGAACCGACCGGCCGGCCUCCUGACCCAGGGCCCAGCAAGCCCGACGCCCUCGACGUCAACGGCCGCAGCCCCAUCAGUACUCAACAACGCGUCGUCCGGUCUGGGCUCCGCGACGCCGGGGCUCGGGUCAGCGACGCCAGGUCUCGCCUCCCCCUCCGCCGUGUCCCCGGCCAAGAUGGGAUUCCACCAGCGCGCACAGAGCGUGGAGAACCCACCCCCGCCCUACUCGGCCGGGCCGACCUCCCCGCCGCUGACGAGCCCCAAGUCGGCCUCCCUGGCCGCGGCGGUCGCCGCCAAGUCGAAGCCUCCGCCCCCGAAGCCUAAGCCUAGUAGGUUGAGUGCCACGCCGGCGGCCGAGACGGUGACGGCGCUGUAUGACUACUCGGCACAGGCAGAAGGGGACCUGAGCUUCCGGGCCGGAGAAGUUAUUGAGAUUGUCAGCAGGACGCAGAACGAGAAUGAGUGGUGGAUUGGAAAGCUCCAGGGAAAGCAGGGGCAGUUCCCAGGCAACUACGUCCAGCUGAAUUAAGUGGAUGACCCAAAUUCCGGGUUGGUUAGAAGCCCUAUGUCCGCUCCCCUUCGAGGAUAUGAAGGGGCUCAGAGCAUCGCGGAAGUAAUUGGAUUGACGGGCGACCGACGGACGAACCAAUCGUUUUUGUAUGGAGUACAGAAGAGGAUAAAGCAUACAAGGGUGUCCUUACGCAAUACCCCGCAAGUGCAGUUUUGCCUUUUUUUGCCGUGUCUUCUUCUCAUUUCUUUUUCUGGUUCCUCGCUGUCAGCGGCGUUUGGUUAAGAGAAGGUGGGAGGGGAAAUAAGAAGCAUUUUUCAUGGUGGUAUCUGCUUUAGGCCCGCCCAGCCUGCCAGCCUGCCUACACUCACUCGCUCACUCACUCACUCACUCACUCCACCACUACCCUACUACUCUUGUGAUCUUGCUUCGGCUGCCCAGUGUGUGUGGGCGUGGGGGAAAGGUGGGACUUCCUAGUCGUGGGCAGGGCAUGGAAGAAGGGGGACGGGGAAGUAGGCGGGCUCGGCGUGUAUUGGUCCACCUUGUAGAUAGGGCGAGGCGCGAUAGGUUGCGCUGGGUGAGGCUCACGUGGGGGAGGAUCACCAUCACCCUGUCGACCUCCCUAUCUAGGUACCUACCUGAGGCACCGAGGACAAUCCAUUCACGGCGAUGUGUUGCCGCAAAGAAACUACCGUCUGCCACCCACACCUCCUCCUUGUUCGCGUAUCUGGUCCCUCCCUAGCACCCACCUGCCCACCCUUCCUCGUCCUCACCCCACGACGGGGCGGGUGACAGCCUUAUUGUGUCCGUGUGUAGUCGGCCGGUGUAAAGGAUCAGCCGAGGAGAUUGUCAAUAUGGGGCAAACUCACCUGCAGGGACGCGGUCGGUGGAUGGAUGGGGGUGCCAGCGGCCUGGCCUCCCCUCGGGGCUCUCGGGGCCAUGGCUCUUUUGGCCCCAGCAUUGGCAAUAGGCCCAGACCGAGAGCACCGGGCGAAGAAGCGGCACGGGACCUGAAGCCGCUGCCCGUUGGUGGAUUCGGCAUGCGCCAGCCAGCCCAGGAGGCCUUGAUAUAUCCGCCCCCAAGUUGCGGGGCCAACACAUACUAUGUAGGUAGGCGCUUUUUCGUGUUGUACAUGUGCAUGCGUUGCAUGCAUAUACAUACACAUCCACAUCUACAUCCACAUAUAUAGCCGGCUUGUGAAUGGGGAAGUUGGAGUAGAGCCCUACAUACAUACAGCCUCGUGACGAUGGUGACGGUUUAACACGGCCGCGAUGAUCGUUGAAUUCCUCGGGCUUUAGGGUGGGCUCCCCGGGGGUCCCGUGUCGUUCGUUGGUGAUGGGCCGGGGCGCCGGUGGUGAGAUUAUGUCCGCGGAGGGACACAGAGGUUGCGGCUCCGUGGGUGGGUCAAUUGAUUGUGAUCGUGUAGCUUUACAUAAUUAUCGACACUUUGGAGACCACCAGGUGGUUACCCCGACAUCUAUCUGGGAAGGGAUGUGUGCGUGAAGGUGCAGCAGGGAAGUGUGGUCCUCUGUCUAGUCCUCGGUAUCGCGAGCCUUGUUACCGUGGAGAUGAUCCAUCCGCCCAUCCAUCCGUCAAGACGAUCGGACGAACACCUACCCUCCCCACACGCGGACAGAGCAUCACACUCGGAGGACAUGGGUCGG